UCCGGCGCCCGCGGCGGGGCGCUCGCGGCGGAUGCCCGUAGCAGACGACGCUGUUGGAGACCCGCGGUAGUCGACGUAGUGAUCGCAGGAGGAGAAAUUCACGCCUGUCUCUCUGCAUUUUGUGAGCUCCCGGCGGUUGAUCGGAGGACUUCGAAGAGGGGUUCGUUUAGAAUUCAUGGCUGUGUCGUAUCAGUGCGCUUUGAACACAACCUGAAAGAAGCUUUGGUGUGUGUUUCCUGUCUGUCGGAUUUUCGCUACGUCUGGAAGAGGUGGUCGCCCAUUUAUUUCAAACACGCUGCAGGUGCCAUGGAGAUCAAAGCCGAAGUGCAACGCUGGGCGACGGGUCCUGUGCUCGGUGGAAGUGCUGGUACCAACGGUUCCAAUGGAGCGCUCGUCGGGGCGUUGACCGCUACACCAGUACCCGAGUGCGCCGGAUGUCAGAAACCUAUCAGAGAGAGGUUCCUGCUCAAAGCCCUCGACCAGUUAUGGCACGAGGAUUGCUUGAAAUGUGCCUGCUGCGACUGCAGGCUCGGCGAAGUGGGAUCAACGCUCUUCACGAAAGCGAACCUCAUCCUCUGCAAGAGGGAUUAUCUCAGACUGUUUGGCACGACGGGCCUCUGUUCUGCGUGCAGUAAACCGAUACCGGCGUUCGAAAUGGUCAUGAGGGCGCGAGGCAAUGUUUACCAUUUGGAGUGCUUCGCCUGUCAACAGUGCAACCACAGGUUCUGCGUUGGAGACCGGUUCUAUCUUCACGAAAACCGUAUCCUCUGUGAGUACGACUACGAGGAACGCGCUCUGAUGGCCGGCGUCCCGCCGCCCUUCUUCAGCGCGCCGCAUGGAGUCCCUCCAGGUCCUGGGAACCCAACGUCCGUGAUCCCUUUGACCCCUGUCAAGCGACAGCACUCCAUGGAGGAGCCACUGCGAGAUGAUCGUUCGAGCGGUUACGGCAGCGGUGACUCCCCGUAUGAUGGUCGGUAGCUAUGGCGACCCGUUGCACAGCCCGCAGUGCAAAACCUAGCGCCUCCCGUCAAAAAGCGAAAGUCCAGGAGGUAGAGUAACAGGACUUCCCGAACACAGCCCUUCUCGGGACAACUGUAGGCGUGACAACAGAGUGAGGCGGUUGUGUUUGACGCUGUGCCCAUGUGCGUCGUAUUUGUGCUAGUCCCCGGAGGAUACACUCUGUUGUAGAACAGUUUAGGACAUGGGUGUCCUCCACCAUUUCUAUAAGGAUGCAAGUGUUCCUUGAAGGAUCACCAUAACCAAGACGUGACGGUCACUUUUGCCAGCGUCGUGACUUUGUCAGCAUUUGGAGCAACGGAUGACUUGCAGCGGAUGACUUGCAACGGACAUUCACCUGGUCUUCGUGGGCCGCGAAGUCAUCUGAAUGGUGUAAAUAUGUGCAGAGAAACGGGAUUCUUGACGGUUAUUGUACAGAAGUGCCGUGCUGGACAGUGUGUGGCGCGAUCUCUUUUUUUCUAGUUGGUAGGUCGACGUUCUUAUACGGCCAGGCAAGUGCAAGUGGCAUUUAAGACUGUUCAGAGAUUCUAUAUACUGCAGUCAACUUUGUACAGUGUAUUUACCUUCUCUGUUGCAGUGAGUGGUGUGGUCGUUGUUCACAAAGCAGUUCGCUUCCACAUUCUGUUGUCUUUUUGUACUGCUCCUUCACAUUUAGAUUGAAGUGUUUUUUCUCUACGUUCCUUUUCAUAUACGCCAAAGAGAUGCGUUUUUCUGUACAAAGGGUUAGCGCCCGUGUAUCAUAUCUGGUAAUUCUAACAUGAAACUUUGUUGUUGCAACUCAUGUGUAUGCGCUGUCUCUACAAACACAUGAUAAACACCUGGUUUUAUUAAUUAGGAGGUACACCAAGGGACGUCCUCGAUGACUUGUAUAACGAUUGACAUAUGCAUCGCCUCGAAAAAGAAAGAAAGAGCAAUAGGUAGACCCUUGAAGGGUAUAGCACGCAACCAGUAGUGUACUUGAAUCAACACAGCAGGUUUACAUCGUGCAUGUUUAGAUGCAAUGCACUGUAGUUACCUUUUCCUAUGAGCUACUCAUGAAAAUCCGGAUGAACGUAAUGAAUGCCGAGGACAAGGUAAAACAACAAACAAGGAAAGCAACCAUUCCUCGUGAUGUUUCUUCAUCGCCGUUAUAUGAUAGGUUACAUUUGGUUAUUAGUAUGUUGCACAACAGGGGCAAAUGCCCACACCCCUGUGUAAUGGAACACUUACUCCCUCGAGACAAAUGAAACGAUGGGCGGUAUUUAUGUGACUUUAUGCUUUUAUCUAUCGUUUUCUCCUUCCUGUAUCGCGUUUUCUCUUAAUUGCCUUGUUGGUCGAGGGCAUGAAUGAAAAAUAGGCGCGAUUCUCUGGAAAAUGGCACGCAGUAGCUGCUGAUAGUAUAUUGUCAGAAGUUUCUGUACAGUUCAUCCCACGCAGUGAUUGUUCGCUGUGUAAUGCAAGUUAACGUUUUUCUUGUGAAUAAUAACACGAGUGAAUGCAA